UGUAAUGUUUAUUUCAUGACAGUGUAUGAACACAUUGCAUUGAUUCCCCAAAAUGUUUCAUGGCUGUAAUUGUGCCCAUGAGCCAACCACCCUACAUUCUAGAUGACUGAAGGGGAAAAAGGAAAAGCUGACAACUAGAACUGUGCAAAAUUGUAAACAAGCAAAACUUGCAUGGCUUCAUUAUAGAGUGGGUCAAAAACUUUCCAAUGGAGCAUUUUUCCAUUGAAAAAAAUCUGUGGGAACUGGGAAUGUGACUCAGUGUUGCCAUUGGAGGAGAGGGGGAAUCUGAAUAAAGCAUUUUGUUUGAUAAGGCUAAAACAAUCUGGGAAACAGACAAUGUACUUGCACCUUAUUGUGGAAACAAACAGAGAGACAAGAUGGGUAAGGUAACACCAAAACAUCACAGUGUCAUAAGGUCAUGAUUUUGUCCUAGGGGACUGCUCCAUUUUGAAACACUGUGGAGUGACCUUACUGGAAUGGAAUGUUUUGUUUCAUUUCAAAAUGACUCUCCACAAGUUUAUUUUUUAUAUUUUAUUCAUUUUUAUAUCCAGUCUAGGGAAAAAUUUAUAUAAAUUUUGGACUCUUCAGAUUUGGAAUCAAACAUUUUUCAGAAGGGUGGAUUUCUGUAAAACAGAAAUAUCAACUUUCAACCAGCUCUUUCAACAGAGUAUUGGUCAGUGGGGUGGAUGCUACCCUGGGGUUUCUGAGCCUCACCCUUACCAUUUCCUACCUCUACAUCUAUUGUUCUCCUUUCACACUGCUGGAGAAGUAAGAAGAGUGGCUCAGUUCGCAGCUCUGGGCUGGGCACUAGUAUUUCUGGCGGGCUGUAGGUCCACGCUGCUGCACGGGAUGCGCGGGGAAAGCUUCAGGAUGCCAGCUAGGCUUGAAUGCCCUGGUCUGCCACACGCUUCCUGCACCACCCUGGGCGAGUCCCGACGCCCUCGGUGCAGGCCUGGCACAGCUCUGGGGGCAGGGCCGGAUGUGGGUCGCGGGCCGCGCCGGCACAAGAGUUAGGGAGGGCAGACGAGCGCCGCAGCUGUUCGCCGAACUUCUCCAAGCCGCCGGUUCUGCUCUGCUGCGGAAUUGCCAAUGCAGCCCCGGCCUCCGCCUGGGAACCGGGGCCAGCAGCUGCCCCCCCGUCUCCCGCGCGCCGCGCAGCCACGAGCCCCCGAACGGUCCCUCCAGCCCGGCCCCUCGCGCUGGCUUGGGCGGACAGGGCGGGACUCUCCAUCGGAGAGCCGCAGCCCGAGCCCCGCCCCCUGAGUGCCCGCGUGCCCGGCCAGCAAGCAAUGCGCAUGCGCAGCCUCGCUCGCGCGGCAGGUUGGUCACGAGGGCGUGGCCACCCGCCUCUCUCUGGUCGCGGUGCGGGUCGCGCACCGAAAGGCAGCGGCGCUCUAGCCUUCCCGGCGGCCUCGGCACUCUGUGGUGCGCGGCGAGGUUUAAUGGCGGCCACGAGUACCGCGGCUCUGGUGGGGGGCAUUCGGGAGUCGGGUUCCGGGGUGGCGGCACAAGGGCGGAAGAAAACCUACGGCAAGGGGCGAACAGCUAAAGCUUUGAAGUCCUUGCAGUUUGCUAAUCCAGGACGACAGACUGAAUUUGCUCCAGAAAGCAGUAAAAGGGAAAAGAGAAGGCUACAAACAAAAAGCACAUCGGUUAAUUCUGACAGGCAAGUAAUCCCAGCAAAGAGUAAAGUCUAUGAUAGCCAGGGACUUCUGCUUUAUAGUGGGAUGGACCUCUGUGACUGUCUUGAUGAAGAUUGCCUGGGAUGCUUCUAUGCUUGUCCCAAGUGUGGUUCCAACAAAUGUGGAGCUGAAUGCCGCUGUGAUCGCAAGUGGUUAUAUGAACAAAUUGAGAUAGAAGGAGGAGAAAUUAUUCGCAAUAAGCAUGUGGGUUAAUUUAUAAGUAUUUGUGUUGCAUUCCAAUACAGAAUUUGAUGGUCUAAUGAAAAUCAGUGGAACCUAUCAUAACGCACAUGAACAGUCUGUUCAGACUUACAAAUUCAUUGUUUGAUACGGUUUAGAAAGGUUAUUACUCAUACUAAUUGUGUAUUGUCACACUUCAUUCCACCUUGUACUCAUCCAUACAAACCAGCAAAAAGGCUGGAACAAUGCAGUGCUUGACUGUUGAGUGAGAGUUUGAAACUGAGUGGCUGGUUAAGUGUUAAAAGAAAGUUGGGAUUAGAUGCUGCAUAUGCCCUGCUCUGUAGAGAAGGCUCUUUCUCCAUGCAUCUCUCCUUUCUCACCUCUUCCCUUAAAGACUUGGUGUUCGUGUUUGUUUUUACUAUCUUUUAAAAAUAAAUGUAAUCUCUUUAAGUUUAAAAUGUAAGCAGUGGCAAUCAUGACCAGUAUUAGCAGGUGUAUAACAAAUAGUAAAUGCUGUAUUUUCUAAAAUGAGUUUUGGGACUGUUAUAGCACAGUUAAACAUCUAACAAUAUAGGGGCUAAAUCAACAUGUUCAUUGCACUGAUUUGCUAUAAAUAUACUUUUAAAAAUAUAAAUAAGCUCUGUCCUAAUUAUUUUAACAGUAUUUACCACUUAGGGGGUGCUCUCUCACAGAUGGCAGUUGAUAGUUUCUGCUAAUUGCACCAUUCGAAAAGAACCUAUAUUUCAGGAUGGGGAAAAUUCUGAUUUUAACGCCAAAGGUAUAAAAACUGUCAGCACUGCUUUUACAAACCCAUUGCUUUGGAGCUUGAUAACUGGGAUGUUUGUUUAAAACAAAAAACCCUUUCCUGAAUGAAACUUGGCAUAUACUGUGUCUAUUCGGUUUUGGAAUAAAACUCAGUAACUAUCUGAUUCCUAAUGACAGGAGCACAGUUAUGGAGGCAGGACUCUGCAACACAUUGUUUAAACAAAUCUUUCCCAGGUAACCUAGAUGUGGUUUAUCUUCUGUUUGUUUAUGUAUUUGUUUUGUUCAUUGGGGUGGGGGAAGGAUGCCUUUCUUUUGAAGAUACCUUAGUAUUACAGCACAUUUGCUGAGAAUAUUUUUGAUAGAAGUUGAGAAGGCUAGAUCAUCUUCCCUGCUAUAGCUAGUCUGUGCAUCCAGCUUAAACAGUCACUUGCCGAUUCUCCCUAAAUAGAUGAAUCAGAGCGGCUUAGAAUCAUAUAGUGCUCUUAUAGCUGCUAACUCCCUGUCCCCAGCCAAGUUACUACGUAUGGCCAGUUGCUGAUGCUGCCCCUUAAAACUAUGGAUAGCUGAUAAAAUGGAGAACAACUUGAAGGCUGCUCACUUACACUGGGGAACUGGAUCAGCAGUGGGCAAGAGCAAAGCCAUCUUUGCCACCUACUUCCUAAACUGAACUGGUUGAGCAAAAACUGAAUCUGGCAUACAGUUUACGUUUGUGGUCAUAUGCAUGUGUGGCAUCUGGAUUGUAGUGGCUUCCAUAACAUUUGUUAUCACAAGCCUAUGAUAGAAUUGCUUCUCACUGUUUCGUUUCUCUCUUCAGCUACUGUAGGGGAUCAUAGCAUAAAGAGACUACUUCAUGAUAUAUUUCUGUAACCAUCUGCCAGAUUAAAUAUCUAGUUUUACACACAAACUUUUUUUUUCAUGUUCUUUGGAAUUGUCACUGCAUUGACAUAAUUUGAUGUACUGCUUUAUUGUAAAGUCUUACUUGGGUUCUAAAUAGCAUUAUUUAAAUCAUUUAGACUUGCAGUUAAUUCUGUAGUAAACAAAAAUUCAACAUGGCUAAUCCACAGUAGACUGAACUGCAUACUUUAAUGGCUUUUUUAGGUAAAGGUUUACAGUUGCAACUGAAAAUAGUCCAGAUGUCUUUCCUCUAUUGUUUAGACUAAAAAUAGCCAAACUGCUGUGCAAACCAAUUGAGUUUAAAUAAUUUCAACCAAAGAGUAAAUUUAGUAUACGUAGCUUCAGACAGAAUUAAGAUUUCACAUCCGAGUUUUACAAAGCUCCUGGAAAUUAAAAUUUUAUAGUAGAAAUGCUGAUAAAUUCUUAACAAGUUAGACCUAGCAGCUAUACAGUUGAACAUAGCAUUGUGUUUGAAUAAGAGAAAUAUAGGAAAAUCUUGAACAAUCUUACUGUAGCUUCAGACUUAUUUUGUCAAACUUGCAUAUUUUGAUUUUCAUAUUUGAUAUUCUGAUUUGCAUAAAUUUUGCUCAAGGAUGCUCAUUAUAACUAUUGCCUUUUGAAGGAUUUUCUUGGUAAAAUUUUGUAAUCAUGUAAUUUUGCUGUUUAGUACAGGGAUUCUCAGGACAAAUUUUUUGGUGGCCUCAGAGUGUGGCCACUAACUCUUCCUGGUGGCUGCUGUCACACUUUUCCCUAAAAUACUUAAUUACUUUUAGAAAAAAUAAAUAUACACAUAUACAUGUCCAAAUCAUUGUAAUUUAUUACUAGCUAAUAAGCAUGUUGUGAAAAGUGAUCUUAACAAACAUACAAGUAUCACUUUUCAGAGCAGACAUACUCAGCCCCAGCAAGCCUGGGGACAAAUUAAGCAAUUGAUGUGGGAGAAGAGGGCCGAGGGAGGCAGCAGGGGGCUGCAGCCUGAAUAUCCGUGGCCGGAGGACCGUAGCCCAGGGCUGGAAUCUGAAGCCCUGUGGCAGGAGCCUCCCCCUACCACCACCUCAGGCCUGAAGUCCAAACUUGUCUUGGGAAGGUGAGGAACUCACUGGCUGCCUGCUUCUCCAGUGUUGUGUUCCAGGUGUCUCCAGGGGGAGGGCAACCCUGCAGGGGCCCCAGUAACCAACACCAAGGUUGUGCAUCCAGGAACACCAGGGAGGGGCUGCUGCUUUGCCCCCCGCCCCCCCCCCCAAACAAUCCAGGAGGCUGUGGCCACAUUUGAGAAACGCUGGUUUAGUAUAGGUAUUUUUAUUUCCAAUAAAUGAUGUUAAACUCAGGAGGUUUGUAGCUGUAGAACUAAGAUUCAGAUUUCUGGUUGGUUGGAUGUAAAAUUACUGUUGCUAACUUCAUGGGGUUAUGCUGACAUCUGCUGGUACUCAUGAAAUAUUAAACUCCAAAUCAGACUCCUGCUGCAUUUUAAUCUGCUUACUUUUAAGAUAAUGUUGGACGUUCUUUUGUUUUAUCAUUGGAUUUUUGAUUCAUGCAAUACUAACGAUGAAAUAAUUCACUGAAAUGGAAUGUAAAAAAAUCUCUUGGCCUUUCAAGUUCUGGUAAACUUUCUGGAGCAUUACAACAUUAAAGCACAAUCUUACUCCUUACACUAUCAACUUUAUAAGAAGUCUUGUAAUUUUUCUUAAUCAAAUGCAAAUAAAUAUAAAUGACAGUAA